CUUCAUGCCAUGCAACGCAACGCGCCGGUCAAGCUGACCGCAGACACUGUUCUGGAGCUGGCAAAGUUGACUUUGAAGUAUAUACCGUGUUGUUGGGAUCAUUGCACCCAUGUUCUCAACUGCUGGAAGUCGUAUAGAGAGCACAUCGAACUACAUAUUCAGCGUACUCAAGGCUCAAAGAAGGACCAAGACAUUCUACAAUGCAGGCUGCCUAGAUGUAUGACUUCACAGCACACAACACUGUCUGCCCUCAGGGCCCACAUUGUGUCGUCCCACCUUUCGACCCAAGCACAAUUCUAUGUCCCUUGUCCAGUCAAAGGCUGUCCCGAAGAAGGCAUGAGACUGUCAUCAGUGGUGUCUCAUUUCGAGGCUUACCAUCACGCUCUCUCGUAUCAGGACGCUUCUGUCCACACAAUCCUGAAGCCUUCACGUCAACCUGAACGACCUCAAAUCCGAAAACUAGAACCACUCCCAGCCACAGCACAUUCCUUCUCCAUUAGCUCUCCAGUAGUCAUCCCUCACCGGCAUCGACGCGCUAUACCCUCUUCGCAAACACUUGGUCCCCGGUGGAGCCGUCUGAACGCCCUGGAGGAAUCAGACGAGGAACGUCCGAGCAUAUUAUUCGAGGACCUUCCCGAGCAUACUCCCCAAGACCUGCCGCCAUCCCUCCUCUCCCAGAUGGUCUUCCAGGAGCAUGUCUUAACUGCCCCUCAGCUCUCAUACCCACCCGCCACUACCAUGAAAUACACAAACAUCCCAUCACCUCCAAAGUCCGUCUUCUACGACACAUUCUCGCUGAAGCUGGCGCAGUUGGAGGCAAGUGGCACCGUCAUCUCAGGCGACGGCACAUGGCCAACGGACACGAGAGAACCGACACCCGCGCUGAGCACGACCACUACCACCACCGUCACCACCGUCACCAGCGCCACAAGCGCAUCUAAAUCUACUCGCUCUCGGAAAGGAGCGAGGUAGUCGAUUCUCGUCGCACCCACGCCGUUUCUGUUCACCUUGUAAGUUCGCCGACAACCGCUUUUCGUCAUUAACGGAUCGUUUGCACAACGUUGCUCUGGUUGUUGGAUUGUAAUUCAUACGCUCACGCUCUGCGUGGCGUUGUUUGUCGAGAGCGUUCGAGGCCGGUCUAGUCGUAAAUAUCACCACUUGGUGGGUUGAUCAAAAGGCAAACGCGAGGGGACUCGUUAGCGCGCAAGCAUGAAUGCUCUGCCUAUUAAGUAGCCGGGAACGAGGGAAGUUGCCCAAUGACCAAGCGACGAACCUACGGCCUCGUCGAGAGGCAGUGAGAGACGAGGCAAUAUGGUGCCCCCAAUCG